GGGGUGGUGGUGAGGGGCCCACGGCAAUGCUGGAAGGGAUGGAGAGCCAGAGUGUGGGGGUGGAGGGGGCAAGGGCCCCAGGAAAUAGACCCGAGGGAACCAGGACUAGCAGGAGUUGGUGGCUGGAGCCAACUGUGGAGGGAGAUGGAGAUGGGGGGUGGAGAGGGGAACGCAGAGGCAGUCCAGAACCCGGCCAAGGUUGGGUAGGGAGAGUGUCAAUGCAGGAGAGAGGGUGGGAGCAGGGGCCAGGAACAGGAGGUCCCUGAAGGUACACACUGACCCACACGCUGACCCAUGACGGGACAAACACAGCCACAUGGACAACUGCUGACAUGACAGGACCUAGCCAUGCCUGCAGAUCCACACCUAGAAACCUGGACCUGCCUCAGUACCCUUUUUUCUUCUUUGGCUACACCCCCAGGACCCUUUGCUAGGGCCAGCAGGGGAGUACUGUGAGCUCCAGGGAGUAGGCAUGGGGUCUAGUGUGGGCCGCCCACCUGUCAGGGCAAAGGUACCAGCAGAGGCAGCAGCAGUGUCUUCUCUGAAGCCAGGGUCAGGGAGAAAGGUGUCGGCAGGCAGGCGGGCUGUGGUCAGGGGAGGCUCUUUGUGUAAGGGUGUCCAAGUUCAAGGACAACUGUUAACACGCAGGCAAAGGGGCUGGGAGUGCCAGCGUGGGGUGGCAGAACAAGUGUGACCUGCAGGAGCCUGUGUGUGAGCCUAUGUGCGCCCAUGUGACUGCGUGUGACCAUGUGACUGUGUGCGCUUAUGUGUGACCCUGUAUGAGUGUGUGCCUGCCUGUGUGCCACUACAUGGGACCAUGUGACUCUGAGGCCACUGUGCAUCCAUGUGACUGGCGACCCUGGCUGACAGUUUGUCUGGGUGGUUGCAUGUGUGACCCUGCAUGAGUAGGUGGUGUGUGCCAAGAUCAGCGUGCAGCCCACCGUGUGAGGGGACUCCACGGUUGAUGGUGGCUGGGAAGCUGGGUGUGACCACGAAGAAGCCAGAGCCUGCAUGGUGUGGGGUGUGCAUUUGUGACUUUGAGGUUGUGAGAUCCAUCUUGUGCCUUGAGAACAACUGCGUUACUGGCAUGAAUGAUGCUGCCUGCCUGCCUGCAGUUUGUCCCUGUGAAGGUGUCCCCUGGUGGACGCCCUGGCACUCUCUCCAACACAGCGUCUCCCUGGUCGCCUGUCCUGGGGCUUGGGAAGGCUGCCACAAGGGGUUAGGGCCUGGAGGAAGAGGGCAAUGUGGAACAAGGAUACCUCAACGACUACUCGGGGCCCGCCUCCGUCUACGAUGGCGAUGCCGAGGCGGCCUUGCUCAAAGGGCCGUCCCCGGAGCCCAUGUACGCUGCAGCCGUGCGGGGAGAGCUGGGCCCGGCGGCCGUGGGCUCGGCGCCGCCGCCCACCCCGCGCCCGGAGCUGGCUACAGCCGCGGGCGGCUACAUCAACGGCGACGCGGCCGUCAGCGAGGGCUACGCAGCUGACGCCUUCUUCAUCACCGACGGCCGCUCGCGCCGUAAGGCCGCCAACGCCAACGCCGCCGCCGCCCCUUCCACGGCCUCUGCGGCGGCCUCCGACACCGAGAGCGGAGGCGGGGCCGGGGCGGGCGCGAGCGGUGCGGGGUCGGGGCCCGGGGGUAGGGGCGGCGCGCGCUCGGGGGCGGGCACCGAGGCGCGCGCGGGCACCGGGGCCGGCGGCGCAGGGGGCCGGCACGCAUGCGGCGAGUGCGGCAAAACGUACGCCACCUCGUCGAACCUGAGCCGCCACAAGCAGACGCACCGCAGCCUGGACAGUCAGCUGGCGCGGCGCUGCCCGACGUGCGGCAAGGUGUACGUGUCCAUGCCGGCCAUGGCCAUGCACCUGCUCACGCACGACCUGCGCCACAAGUGCGGCGUGUGCGGCAAGGCCUUCUCGAGGCCCUGGCUGCUACAGGGCCACAUGCGUUCCCAUACCGGCGAGAAGCCCUUCGGCUGCGCGCACUGCGGCAAGGCCUUCGCUGACCGCUCCAACCUACGCGCGCACAUGCAGACGCACUCGGCCUUCAAGCACUUCCAGUGCAAGCGCUGCAAGAAGAGCUUCGCGCUCAAGUCCUAUCUCAACAAGCACUACGAGUCGGCCUGCUUCAAGGGCGGGGCCGGCGGCGGCGGCGGCGGCCCCGCAGCCCCGGCGCCCGCUGCGCCGCCGCAGCUCAGCCCUGUGCAGGCCUAGGGCGGCGGUGCCUCCGCCAGCCGGGUCGGCUCUCAGCAAUACGGGCCCCCAGGGAAGUCUCCGCUGGCGCCCGGGCGGAGGGGCGGGAGGGCAGGCCCCUCCUCACAGCAAUAGGGGGAGGGGGCCCGGCUCCGCCCCGCCCGCCAGGGGCCUUGCCGGCCCCUUCAA